CUUAAUCCGGGUGGCCCUUCCGUAAUCAGAGUCCCUUGCACACACCUGCACAAGAGGCCGGGGCUCACAGAGGCUGCGGGAUGGAGCUGGGUGCGGGAGCCAAGCUGCUGCUGCUGCUGCUGUGGGCGACAUGCCGCAGACAUGCUAGCGCAGAUGGUCUGGGCGGCUACACGUCGGUCAUCAGGGUGACCAACGGGGGCCCCUGGGGCGACUGGGCCUGGCCCGAGAUGUGUCCUGAGGGAUUCUUCGCCAGAGGCUUCUCACUCAAGGUGGAGCCCCCACAAGGCGCUCUUGGAGACGACACCGCUCUGAACGGGAUCCGGCUGCACUGCGUGGGGCGGAAUGCGGCGCUCGACACUCACGUGGUGGAAUCGGAGUCUGGAAGGUGGGGCGCGUGGAGGGAGCCCCUGUGGUGUCCCGGCGGCGGCUUCCUCGUGGCUUUCUCGCUCCGCGUGGAGGUCCCUGUGACCCCCGGGGACAACACGGCUGCGAACAACGUGCGCUUCCGCUGCUCCGACGGCACGGAGCUGCAGGGGCCCGGCCUGACCUGGGGCAAAUUUGGAGGCUGGAGUGAGCCGUGCCCUAAAGGCUUGUGCGGCUUGCAGACCAAGAUCCAGCGGCCCGAAGGCCUCCUUGAUGACACCGCCCUAAACGACGCGCGCUUUUUCUGCUGCCGCAGUUGAUACCAUUGCCCCCCUCUCCCUCCCAAGCCUAGUCUUACCUCUGGUAUUAAAGCUUCUCUGUCUUGGCUUUGGUCUGGCUUGUGCUAGGGGUGGGAAACUGCGUC